AUGGCGGGAGUUGUAUACACCUUGUUGAUACUUACAGUAGCUGCAGCCGCUGUAGAAGCGGAGUUUUGCUGGAACGAAGAUGACAACUGGUUUACCACGUGGUGUGUUAGAGGCUGCUGUGGGCAGUACCGGCACGGGUGUUGUCCAACUCCUUCACCUGCUCCUGCUGCUGCUGAUGAUGAUGACGACGACAAUAAAUUGUCUGCAGGAGACAUUGCCGGUAUCGUCGUCGGGUCCAUAAUCUCCUUGGCCCUUGUAGUGGCAGGAAUCAUACUGGCUUUAUAUUUCUUCACUACCUGCUUCCGACAACAAAAAGGAGGAGUUGUAUAUUCUAACCGAACUCCCAACACGGGCGUGGCGUCCUCAACAAACAUAAAUAUGGCUACAUACCCUACCCAGAAUCCUCCCGUCACCAUGACAACUUACCAGUAUCCACAGCAACAAGUACCUCCCACGACGGUGGUGUAUAACACCGGGUACAUGUGACCCAACUCGCAUGCACGUGAUUUAUGAUU